AUGCAAGUGUACGCGCGUCCUUCAUCUUUACUGGUUCACAUACAAUCAACAUCACAACUUGACAAAAAAAAGUGUGAAGAGCUUGAUAAGAGGGCAAAGCAAGGUGAAACCGUGGUUCCUGGUGGUACUGGUGGUAAGAAUUUAGAAACUCAAAAACACAUUGCUAAAGGAAGGAGCAGAGGAGGCCAGACUAAAAAGGAGCAGCUGGAAUUAAAAAGAUAUCAUGAAAUUGGUACAAAAAGAGGGCAGACUAUAAAAGAACAGAAAGGGACUGCGGGUUACCAAGAAAUAGAACGUAAGGGAGGCCUCUCUACCAUGGAUAAGUCCGGCAGAAAGCAUGUUGCUGAAGAAGGCAUCAAUAUUAAUGAAUCCAAGUUUACCAACGAAGAAAAAUAG